AUGAUGGACUAUAGGACAGGGCUGCUGCUUUUAACUGUCUGCUGGGCAGGUGUUGAUGCUCAGACUCUGACAGAAUCUGAACCAGUGGUUAAAAGGCCUGGAGAAUCCCACAAACUGACCUGUACAGCCUCUGGAUUCACAUUCAGUUACUAUGAUAUGGCCUGGAUCAGACAGGCUCCUGGAAAAGGACUGGAAUGGAUUGCUUAUAUAAACAAAGCUAGUACUCCAAUCUAUUACUCCCCGUCAGUCCAGGGUAGAUUCUCCAUCUCCAGAGACGACUCCAGCAGUAAAGUCUAUCUACAGAUGAACAGUUUGAAAACCGAGGACACAGCAGUGUAUUAAUGUGCCAGAGAGACACAAUGGGAAUACUUUGACUACUGGGGGAAAGGGACACAAGUCACAGUAACUUCUGCCACUCCAACUCGACCAACUCUGUUUCCUCUGGUGCAAUGUGGUUCUGGUACUGGAGGCAUGUUCACUCUUGGCUGCCUUGCCACUGGCUUCACACCUUCCUCACUGACCUAUGCAUGGGACGAAAAUGGCGCUGACUUGCCAGAAUUCAUUCAGUACCCUCCAGUAAAGAAUGGCAACCUCUAUACGGGAGUCAGUCAAAUCCAAGUGAAGAAACAAGACUGGGAUGCUUACCAGACAUUCCACUGUGAUGUGACACAUGUUGCGGGAAAUGGAAGAGUUACUUUCGUUCGACAAAAACGGAAUGAUCCCUCUCCAAACAUCACACUGCACCCUGUCUGGGAAGGUAAAUUCGGGGCCUCACAAGUGAGACUCAUCUGCACUCUAAGUGGCUUGCUUACAGACAAAUCGAAUGUGGAGUGGCAACAGGAUGACAAACCUCUAAACAUUGUGCCAAUUCAGAGGAAGCUGCAGGUGGUGGGAGAGGAGCAAGCCUUCAGUCUAAGCAGUCAGAUUGAGCCAAAUAAGUCAGAGUGGGAAAACGGCUCAAGCUUUACAUGCAAAGCCACUCACGACGGACAAGAACUUAUGAAAACAAUAAAUAUUUGUCAGAUCUAUUCAAGCACCCCUUCAAUUCAUGUGGAGAUUCCCAGCUUCAAGACAGUAAUGACGGCAGCAACUACAGUGAAAGCCACAUGUUCUGUCCACACUAUUUUUGAUGCCAAGGUGACCUGGCUACUGGAUGAAAUACCUGCACAAAGUGGCCUGCUGAAGCAGGAUACAAGCACAACUCUUAAAAUCAGUACUUUGACAGUUCCCUCAAGUCAGUGGGAAAAACUCAAGGUUAUAACAUGUAAAGCUGACCAUAAGUGUCUCUCAUCUGUGAAGAAGACUCUAAAUGUAACAAGGCCUGCAGCUACAGAUCCGUCGGUGGAGAUCAGGAGAUCUCUCCCAGAUGUGCUGAAGGGAAAGAGUGCUGUUCUCGCGUGUGAGAUCACACAGCUCUCCACCAGUGGCUUCUACAUCACCUUUCAGGCCAACGAUGUUGACAUCUACGAGAGACAGUACAUUGAUCUUCCCGAAGCCCCAGGCCUCCAUUCAAUCACUAGACGCCUCUCUGUCCCUCCAAGUUACUGGAAGAAAAACUCGACUUUCACCUGCAAAGUCGAUCAAGGCUUCUCCAGAAUUUUCAGGUCGAACACAACAGGCAAUUUUUUUGUGGACCCAUCUGUGGAACUUCUUUUGAUCCCCGGCGAAGAGUCAGGGCCACAGAGGCUCCUAUGCUCUGGGAGGGGCUUCAACCCCCAAAUUAAGUGGUCUUCUGAGUCUCAGACAAUACCUCCCUCAAACUAUGACAUCACCAUGGGGGCAGACGGACACGUGGCAGUAACCAGUCAACUGCAUGUCUCUCGCCAAGACUGGAAAACGGGGAAGGUCUUCACUUGUAAUGUGUCCGACAGCUCCCUGAAGGAAAAUGUCAGCAAGAGCAUCAGCCUCUGCUCAGUAACCGCAGCAUCAUCUCACAUAGUUGGCGUAUAUGUUCAGGGACCUCCACCGCAGGAGUUUCAGACCGGGGGACAGGUGACGAUCACCUGUCUUCUGGUCGGACCUCAUCUUAGGGAUUUCUCGAUCGCCUGGAAGGUAGGUGAGGCCAGUUAUUCUCAGAAUGCCCACACGGAGGCGCCAGCGAGUCACGGUAACGGGACGGAGACCUUGCGGAGCUUCCUCAAUGUGUCGGCAGAGGACUGGCACGCACACAAACGGGUGUCCUGUGAGGGAAAGCACCGAUGCUCCAGCCAGGGCUACAGGGACCAUAUAAGCAAAAGCAGAGACCUGUAUAGGCCAACAGUGAAGAUAGUAGAACCAGCUGCCUCUGAGCUGUCCACGUCGGACGUCCUCACACUCGUUUGCCUGGUUUCUGGAUAUUUCCCAUCCAAUAUCAUCGUGUACUGGCAAGAGGAUGGCCAGAGACUCCCAUCAACUCGCUACACCAACAGCGCCGCGUGGAAAUACGCAGGGACCGGCACUUAUUCCAUGAGCAGCAAACUGAACGUAUCCAAAACCGAGGACAAGAGGUCUACGUACUCUUGUGCCGUUAGACACGAGUCGUCUGAAACGCCUUUUGAAAGCACUAUAAAGGACGUGUUUGCCACAGUGACCUACAGCAAACCUUCGGCCACCUUGCUCCAAGGCCCAAACGAACUUGUGUGCCUGGUCUUUGGCUUUAGCCCUGCGUCCAUUAACAUCACAUGGUUUCUCGAUGAAUCCAUGGAACUGCUGGACUACAACACCAGUGAGCCCCACAGAGGGCGGAACGGCAAGUUCAGUAUCCAAAGCCACCUUCGUCUGUCCCAAGGCAACUGGUUAUCUGGGGCAGUCAUCACCUGCCGAGUGACACAUGCAAACACCACCCUAUCCUUGAGUAAAACGAAACCAGGCACCUUGGAUCACUGUUAUUUCUUAGAUGACAUCAUACAUGCUGAUGUGUAUCAAGACAUAGGUGUGGAAAGCUGGUAUAUGGCUUUCACUUUCCUCCUCUUUUUCUUCAUCUCCAUCAUCUAUGGUGUCUUGGCUACCAUAAUUAAGACUAAAUGAUGAUGAUCAAAAGACAGAUGAUCCAAAUGUGGACUUUUCGGUCUUUUCAUGGCAAAUGGUCUGACUAGUUUUAAAUUUCUUUCUUUUUAAAUUUCUUUUUGAGUUUCUUUCUUUCUUUUUUUUAAAUAUUUCUAUUA